AUGUCGACGCAAACAAACGGUGACACCCCAGCUGGGGACUACACUGUUCCCUUCUUCCUGGAUGGAGAAAAGGUCAUCGCAAAAAAGACCUUUGACGUUGUAUCACCCGCUACCGGAAAGGUCAUUCACAAGUGUGGCAGCGCAACUGAGGAAGAUGCCUUGGCCGCAGUUGAUUCCGCAGCCAAAGCCUUCAAAAGCUGGAAGAAGACUACGCUCGGCCAACGUCAGGAGAUCUUCCUCAAGGCUGCUGCUAUCAUGGAGUCUCGGAAAGAGGAACUGGCCCGCGUCAUGUCUGAAGAGACGGGUGCUGCUGCAGGCUGGUCAGAGUUCAUCUUGGGUCUAGGCAUCGGCUGCCUCAAAGACGUCGGCGGACGCCUCCUCACCAUCCAGGGCUCUCUCCCAACAACCAAUGACCCGAACGUGAGCGCAAUGGUCCUCAAGGAACCCUACGGGGUCGUCCUCGCUAUUGCCCCUUGGAACGCCCCGUACAUCUUGGGAGCAAGGUCAAUAGCAUUCCCCAUCGCCGCUGGCAACACUGCCAUUCUCAAGGCCUCAGAAUUCUCCCCUCGAACCCUGGUUGAGAUGGUCUCUUGCUUCCACGAAGCCGGCUUGCCCAAGGGUGUUUUGAACGUCAUUGUUCACGAGCCGGCCAACGCUGCUGCAAUUACAUCAUCGCUCAUCGCCCACCCUGAGGUCAAGAAGAUCAACUUCACCGGCAGCACAGGCGUCGGCCGCAUCAUCGCAAAGCUGGCAGGUGAGAACCUGAAGCCAGUACUGUUGGAGCUGGGAGGCAAGGCCCCGGCCAUCGUAUGGGAUGACGCCAACCUCGAGCUGGCCGCAGAUCAGUGCGCAGUUGGCUCUUUCCUUCACGGAGGGCAAAUCUGCAUGAGCACUGAGCGCAUCAUUGUCCACAAGAAGAUUAGCGAGCAGUUCCAGUCGAAGCUGUCGGCCUCGAUCGAGAAGAUCUUCCCGUCGCAAUCCGAUGCGCCUGUGCUCAUCAACGCGGUGGCUGUUGAGAAGAACAAGAAGCUUGUCAAGGAUGCCGUCAGCAAGGGCGCUGGCCUCGUUGCCGGCGACGUUGACGCUGAGCAGACGUCAAAGACAAGACUGCGGCCCAUCGUCAUCAAGAACGUCACAACCGACAUGGACAUCUACAAGACGGAGUCUUUCGGCCCUUCCGUAGCGCUCUUUGAGGUAGAGACCGAGGAGGAGGCGAUCAAGCUCGCCAACGACACAGAGUACGGCCUGACAUCUGCCGUCUUCACAGAGGAUCUGCGGACAGGUCUCCGCUUCGCAAAGGAAAUUGAGUCGGGCGCCGUCCACAUCAACAACAUGACGGUCCACGACGAGCCUGGCCUGCCCCACGGCGGAGUCAAGUCGAGCGGGUUUGGCAGGUUCGGCUCCUCUGGUCUGGACGAGUGGGUGAGGACCAAGACGAUUACCUUCCGGAACUGA